CGGACCAGAAUUUGCAGAUUUCGAGUAAUUUUAGUAUUUAAUGCAGGGUAGCUUUGUCUGUAUCACACUUGCGUCGGAGACAAAUCUGGAUUCAGUCGUAGUGAUUUGGAAGACUUUGCAAUUUGUUGAUGGAAACUACUCAUGUAGAAUAAGAGGUGACUUGGCAGCCGACAGCCGGACCAAAAUGAAGUUUAUCUUGGCAAUUGUUGUUUUGGUUGAUAUGGCAACAAAGAUGACGGAGGCGUGUUGUAUCGCGGAGACGUGUUGUUUUCCGGACCAGGUCAAGGCGGACGUGUUCUUCAUCAUGAAUCUGACUAUGACGACGCCCAAUAAAAAUUUGAAUAUGGAGAUCAGCGGAAUUGGAAACUUCGCAUUCGACUUCAAAGCACAGAAGUUUGCGUUUCUGUUAGGCAGGGUCGGCACAAGUGAGGAAACCCUCAUAUCCGGGGCUGCUUUCUUAGUGGACUUUCCAGUGGAAACGGUGACCAUGAGCAUUGUUGGAGGAGAUGAUAAAUAUGAACAGUGUGUGUCAAAGAAAAUAAAAGGAAAAUUAACAGACAAGCACCAGUGCAUGAUAGAAAAUUCUGGCAUGAUGAAAGUAAUGAGCGCACCGGAGAUGACCAUAUAUGCGAUGACCGAUGAAGAUACCCAGGUUGCCCUCGUCGUCGAUGCCAACUGCAUGCCAAAACUUCUUCAGUCUGAGUCCACACUGCCCGGUUACAAAGGAUAUUUCGAUAGGAAGAUUUCGGUCGAUGGCAUUGAGCUUCAGGUCGAAGAUGCUGACUUCGCACCCCCAUGUGACAAUCCCCUGAUGGCGCCUGGACCUCCGAUGAAGGUCACUCCUCCUGAGGAAUCAGUGAUGAUGAUAUUUUCAAGCAUGUUUGCCAAAGAAGCUAUGAAGCGCCGCCGUUAAUCAGUAGACGAUACAAUGUACUAUACCCGGUGUAUGACGUCCGAUCCAGAGAGCCAAUCAUAUCACUGCUGACUGAUUAAAACUGGCAAGUCGUUUUCAGCAGUUAAUCUCUCGAUUAUUUCAAGUUUGAUGUUGAAAGUGUUAGCAAUUCAAGCUAGUUCCUUUCCGACCGAUUGCCAAGUGAGAUACCGGGCUAAUAAAAAAUAAACAUUCCGGCUUUUCUGUAUAGUUUUCGCAGAAUAAGAUAUGAU